UUGUAAAAUCAUUUGUAUUACUGGCAGGUGGGAUGGCUCAAUAGGUAAGGCUCUUGCAGCCAAUCCUGAUGAGUUAAGUGUGAUUCCUGGCCCCUGCAUGGUGGGAGGAGAGAACUGACCCCUGCAAGCUGUCCUUUGACCUCGACACUAACAUCAGAGUGCACAUGUGCACAUGCAUGUGCUCACCCACCCACACACACAUACUUAUCUAAAAAUGUUUGCACUUAUAUCACAAAGGACACAAACCAUGGUGGCACUAGUAGUCAUUAAACAGUGGGGCGGGGGGGGGCAAGUAAAUAAAAAUACCUAAACGUUCAGUAUUGGUGCCUGGAAAGAAAGAUGCUUGGAGUCAUUCUAAAGAGAACUCCAUGUUCCUAAGAGGAAUUAGCAGGGAGAGGAACACAGGCUUCAGUACCCGUAGGUACCAGUCAGGGAAGAAAGGGACCAAAUCCUGCUGAGCAUUGAGCAAUAGGGAGGCAGGCUGUGAGUGCUUUGUCACACAAAUGCCCUCUGAGUUCAAGUUGGGAGCAAGGAUCUUAGGACUGGAGAGUGUCUGACAACCUUGGUCUCCCUUACCAGUAAAGACUUACCCAAGAAGGACCCCCGAUACUUACCGGCAAAGCAGAAUGGACCAGGAUGAAGCUAACCUGGCAGUAACCACAAACAGCGUCAGGUGCAAAGGUCCUGUGGUAGGCGAGAACAGGGGAUGGAUCAUACGGUACAGGAAAAGAUGGUGAAGGGGCUCAUGGGAAAUCAGCCUGGGCACCAAAGACACAUGAAAGUGUUUAUUGUUUUAUUAUCAAAUAAUACUUGCCAGAUGGUGUCUGAAAUAAGAAGAGCUCGCAGAAAGGGAAUAGAGUGUGUGGGUUAACAUCCAAAGACUGAGAGAGAGGAAAUAAUAUGCGUUGAACAUUUCUUGGUGACAUUUGCAUAAACCAGUUGCUACCCUAGAAAAAUCUAUGGGGAGAUAGGGGGCAGAACGAUCCGAAAAGUUAAAUAGAUGUGUGUGUGUGUGUGUGUGUGUGUGUGUGUGUGUGUGUGUGUUCACACCCUCCGGCAGCACGCCCAGGUGAGAGGAGGAUUUUUAAGCUGAUGAGAACCUGACAAGAGUGACUGAUAAAAGGAAAAUCCAAAUUAGACUUGAAGAAGAAAAGGAAAUUAAUUUUACGAUAAUAGAACGUCUCAGCCCAGCAAAUCCAUUGGCUGCGUCUCCACUGUGCAUCUAGUCACAAGACCAAUUUCUAUCUUUGGAAAUGAUGGGUCCCGGUGCCUACCUUUCCAGGCUUCAUUUGUAAGGAAGAAGGUAGUCUAUACCUUAAGCCAGGGAAUCAACUCCGCUGAGCUAGGAGGAAGUCAGUGCUAACAGUCAAGGCUGAAGAGAUUAGCUCCUACUGGAUAGAUGUGAUCUGGGGUUGGGAAGGAAAGUGCAGUUGGAGGUUUGAAUCACUAAUUCUCUUAGAGGUGUGAACAGCAGGUCUCUGUUCAAGAGUUCUUUAACCUCCAGGAGUCCAGUUAACCGGGUAAUUGUGGAUUGGGUGUCACUUGAACGAGUGUCUGUGGCUAACCCACGGCUUAUCCUUCAGGAGUGGUUUGAGCAGAGCAGUUAGGGAAAUGUUCCAUUGCUCAUUUCUCCCGCACAAUCGAAAAUUCCCCUGGUUAGUGAAGGGGUGGGUAGAGCCCUGAUGGUUUCCCAGUCUAGGCCAGCACUGGUCCCCUGACAGGGAAGGGAGAAGUUUGGCGGCCAGCACUCUUAACAGAGAGGAGAAGUUAAGAAAGGAUUCUAAUGAGUCAGUUUUUUUUUUUAAAUGGAAUUGGCAUUGAUAUUUCAAGCAUUCUCAGGGUGUAUGUGGAAAACAGCACCUUGGCAGGAUCCCGAAUCUGAGGGCUGACAGAACGAUAAGGAAUUUGGAGAGAUUCAGGAGAAAACUGGUCAAGUAAGGACCAAGCCCAGGUCAUUAUUUUCGGUUUUAGAGACAAGGAGAGGAACAGUUGCGUACACCCUCAAUGACACACUCCUGAGUCAAAGUUCCACAGAGAAUGGAGAAAGACUUCCCAGGCGGCGAGCUCUGCACACACUCGGAUUUUUGUGCUGUUCUGGGGAAGGCAGGCUUCUAGGGGAUUCACAGCAAGUGUCAGGUCACCGGGUCAAGUGCCCGAAAUACCUGGUAUCCACGUGGGAAAGGACAGGGAAUCCUUCCACACAAAACUCCUCAAAUGCCAAGUUGAAAAUUCUAAGGACUUUGAGUCUUCCUUUCUUCCACACCCCUUCCUCGCCUCUCCCCUCCUACCCCAUGUCCUCCCCUCCUUCCCUCCCUCCCUCCCUCUCUUUCUUUUCUCCCCACGGGUCCUUUGAUUGGGUCUUACAGAUUCCAGGCUGACUACAUGGAUAAGGGUAACCUUGAACUCUUGAUCUUCCAACAUCUACCUCUCAAGUGCCAGGAUUGCACGGUGCAGCACCAUGCCUGGCCCUCUGAUAUUCUCCAAUAAAGGUUGGCGGCCACCUUAUGCCUUGGGGGUGAUGUCGACUCUUCCCUGGUUGUUGAUUCCUAACCUUUUGGAAUAUAUGGAAGGUGUCCAGGUGUGGAGCUCAACUUUCUCCCACCUGCCCCCUUAUUCUGUCCUCAAGACAAACCUUCCAUACCCAUUCUCAGAGGGUAGAUGCUGUGUCUGUCAGAAGCUGAGGAUCCACCUUCCUAAGCAAGCAACCCCAGGGGAAGUAUGAACACAAUGGCCUUGGCAAACCUCUCUCUGACCCACCCCCAGCAAGACAAAGAAGAGGGUGAUCUCUGAACAUCCCCCAUCUGGACCAGAUCAUCUAAUCCCCAUGCCUCCUCAAUCUUCCAGAUCUAAACACGCCUAUAACAGAAGCAUAGAAAAGUUAUGAAGGAAGCACCCAUGCCUGCCCAUAGGGAAUGGGACCAGCGUCCCUCCUGCCCAGCACCUAGCUCCCCUCAGUGGCAAGUUCUUCCAGUCAUAUUCUGUGUCUCUGACCUCCGACCUUUUCCUCAGCCAACUGGGUGAGGUGUAAAACAAAAUGGCUCAGUUUUUACAAAGCAAGGCAUGUCACAUGGGGGAAGUGACAGUUUCCUAUUGCGGUGACUAUUUAAACAGAACACACGCAAAGCCUUUCAACCACCAACAUGGCUCUGUAUGGGGUGAGGCAACUUCACUGCAGCGUAAUUGAAGACCUAGAAGAUAUUUUAGAAGUGUCAAAUGUGAAAAGUUGAAGAUUUCCCUCAAAUUGCCACUAAUGACAUCCUUCCAACCUUAUUAGUCUCAUUUCCCAACCAACUAAAACUCUGGCUAGGAUUUUUUCUCCCCAUCAUGUAGCCUGUGACAUGUACAAACACACACAGACACACAGACACACACACACACAUAUACACACACACACACGCACAGUCCCGUGCAUACACUCACAUGUGUACAGACAUAUACACACACUCACAUGUGCACACACAUAUACACACAUUCACAUGUGCACACACAUACACACACACACACACACACACACACACAAAUUGUUCUCUUUGCACUGAGAAAACAAAAAUGCUUCACACUACCUGUGUCCCAAGGCCUCAGAGCAGAAGCUGAACUCCUUGAAUCUCUCCAGCACAGUACCUGUCACCGUCCUCGAAAGGACUGCACUCUGUUCUCUUUGCCUUACUAGGCAGGUGACUGACUAGCAGGCACAGUCCUCAGAGCAUCCAACAAGAACACAGAGCUCAGUGGAACUGAGGAAUGUGGUCCCUAAGAAGCAGAUGCUACAACUUGGACAGUACAGGUGGUGGCCUCCGAAGCUGGUGACUGGUGACUCCCAGGCCUGACAUGUGGUGGUCCAUGGCUUCUCAGAAAAUGACUCUACUGUGUGACAUUUUGACAUGAACAUUCUGUAGUGAGUCGGAGGUAGUCAAGGCAUCAGUCAGUUAGUGUGGUAUUCACUCACCUUUGGGGCAGUUUUCAUUACCAAGGUGGCUAUCCUUGUCCCUUGUUUCCUUUUGCCCUUCCCUCUUCCUCUCCCUCUUCCCCUCCCCCUCUCCCUCCCUGUCCUCCUCCCCCUUCCUCCUUCCUUCCCCUUCUCCCUUCCCCUCCUCCUCACUCCUCCCCCUCUCCCUUUCCUACAUAGAUAUAUGUAAACCUCUUCUCUCUCCAGUUACCACCCACCUGGUCACUCUCACUCAGCUCCAUUUCUCCAGCCUUUCCCCCUGACCCCUAGAUGCCUUCAAAUUCCUCGCUGCUCUGAGUGUGAUCUGUGCUAUCCCUAAUCCCUAAUGCACCAUGGUCUUCCUUGAACAAGCUCUGCAUGGGGUGUGGUCACUCUUUAAAGCCUGGGGUGUGUGGUUGUAGUAUGGCCCUCCAGACACCCAAGCAGCUGGGCUAGGUAAAGCAUUCUUUUUUAAUGGAGGAUUCACAUCCUUUGCUUUUGGAGUGAUAUAAGACUUUCACGUUGCCUUAAUUAGGACUCUUUUAUAGUCUGAGACAUACUAUACUGUUCUCUCUCUCUCUCUCUCUCUCUCUCUCUCUCUCUCUCUCUCUCUCUCUCUCUCUGCACAUGAAGACUGAGGUUCAUUUCCAGGUCCUGGGUGCACACACUGUCUGCUUUGCAGCUCCCUGCUCCCUUCUGUGGCUUCUUUCUCCGGAUGCCAGCUGAAUAUGCCCUUCUCUACAGCAGCACCUUGAACCCUAGGAUUUCAAAGAACAGCAAAAUCAGCCACCAUCCCUUGAUACUCUCAGGAUUUCUUUUUCUUUUAAUUGGACACAUUUCACUUAGUGAAAACCUUCAGUGUUUUCUUUUUCUUCUGAUUUCAUUUGCCUUGAUUAGAAGAAAAAAAAUUGUCUAAGAACAAUGUUCCCAUGUAACCCCUGUGGCAAAAAUGCACAGGUCAACUCUGCCAUCUGAUCGUUGAGGAGUCAAACUGGUGCCAUUCAUACAUUGAGGACACUACUGAUAGAAAAGGUUUGUGUCCCAAAGUGAAACAAGAGAUGGGCGGUUUCCUCACAGUUCAUCCUACUUCCUAGUAGUCGGGUGUCUCCUGACAGCCAUAGCUUAUAAUUUUAACGUUGGUGUCAUAGGAGUAAAUAGGUGCCCAGCUGUGGCAAAGAUCAGGGAUGACGAAGGGUACUGAAGUACUUAAGGUGAGACCAUACCGGAAGUCCAGCAUUUUCCUGUUUAAACAGGAAGUGGUCUUUGUUUUGUUCCAAUCUCCCAACACUCAGCCACUGGAGCACAGACAUUCGUCUAGACAGAUGUGUGAGAGGCUAUCAGCAUUGUCCUUGGGAUUAUGUCGGCCAAGGGCCACAUCAGUUUUCUUUACCAUGAAGAGCCCGAAUGAGAUGAGAAUUUAAUGUGAUAAUCAGGAACAAACGCUUCUUAGCACAGAGUAAAAAUAAUUAAGCCCAUUUCGCUGUCGAUGAUAGCUUCUCGUGACCUAGGGGAUGGAACGAACACUCGGGCUCAUAUAUUCACUUAUAGGAUGGUAUUUAUCACCCAGCUACUGUGUGCUAGGCUGGGAAGAGGAGAAUGAAAACAAAAGAUGGACUCUCUUGGUGAGUCCCUGCUUGCCGAAGUGUCUGUUUCACCAUGCCUGUAAUCCCCGGCUACUUAGGAGACUGAGACAAGGGAUUCCCACUGUAAGUCCUUACUGGGCUACGGAGUUAGUUCAAGGUCAGCCUGGGUUACGUAGCAAGAGUCUAGCCUCAAAACAAACAAAUCAAGCAAAUAAAUUUAACCUCCCAAUGGUGUCCUAUGAUGCGCUUAAAGCUCAAUCCUACCCUGGAUUCCCACCUGGACACUUCCCUACAGCUCGUCCCUCUCCUCUACUUACACCACACGGAGCCUACGGUGUCCUCCCCUCUGAAAUCAGCCAGCCUGUUCUUUUCUCUUCUUCCCAGGUUUUUCCUUAAUGUCAUGUCUUCUAGGAAGUCCGCUCUAGCCACUUUCCACUACACCCUCCCUAGCCUCUCCCUCUCCUCUUUCUCCCUUUUCAAACUGACCCUCCCUCCAACUGCCCGUCACUCUGCAGAAUUGUCAUACAGCCUGUACCUGUGCCGUGUACCGAAACAAUAACUCUCUAUCGGUGUGAUUUUUGACUACCUGGGGACAUUUAACACACCUUGAAAAGGGGGGGUUCCUGGGGUGCCGUAGGUAGAUCCAAGAGGCGCUGUUAGGCCUCUGACAGCACAGCCCUCGGUAAUGAAGUAUCCACUUGCAAUGUCUAUAUCGCUGUGACUUUGAGCUCCAGUCUGGAGAGUGUGGGCUGGGUGGAGGAUGCCUGCCCAUGCUCUCAGACAAUGUCUGCGCUGCUGUGGAGAUGGGCUGUUCACUGUAGCUCUAAUGAGGUAUCCAGGCAGCCUCAGAACAAGGGCGCUUCAGGUUCAAAGACAAACCCUGUCAAAAAAAAUAAGGGAAGGCAUUACGAGACACCUGACGCUGACCGCUGGCCCUCCACACAGGUACAUGUGGAUUCACGAAUGCACACACGCACGAGUUUAUGCCUAGAUGGAGGCUUCCCCAAAUAGUGAAGUUAAGAAGUAGUCAACAUUUACAGUUAGGUAGAUACAAUUUUUAAAAAGUAGAACAUAGAUUUAAAGGCGAAGCCAAGAGUGGCCAGGAUUCGAUGGCAAACUGGCAGUGCUAAGCGUUCGCAGGUGACAAGCCACUCCGGGGUCAUAUUACCUCACGUGGUCUGGAGCUGGUUGGGCUCGAGUGUCAGCUACCUGGGGAAGCACACCUGGGUUUCUUUCUAACUCACCUCCUGUGCUGUGGUUACGCGCCCUCUCUGUGUGCCUCAGAAGCUCCGUGUGUGCCUCAGGACAAAUGCCACAGCACUGCAAUGUCAUUCACCUGUCUGCCCAUGGAACUCUCUUCCCACAAGGCGUUUAUUCAUCUUGGCUAUUUUACACAUUUGAUUCUAUUACUGGCACCACCAAUCCUGGACCAAUGUAGAUACUUUAAAAACAAAACUGGGACCUCUGCAGUCUACAGAGACAUGUGACAAACAGGAUCCCUUUCCAAGUGCCGAGGCCGUCUGCCGGUUGGGAGACCCUGGCCUCCAAAAGCCUAUUUCACAAUCAAAAGGAAAGAAAAUGUGUCUCUCCUUUGUAGCUGUGCAUGUGUUUCCCGAUAAUUAUGCAAAUUAUUACCAAAAAGAAAAAAAAUCACGCCACCUGAUGUCAUAUGCCAAGCUCCCAAGCACAUCCCAAUUGAAGUGUCCUGAUUGACAGCCUGGAGCCCUCUUCCACUUCAGUCCUAGAACUGGCUUCCUAGAACCUUGUGGGGAGGGGAGGGGCAAGAAGGAAGGAGCUAGGAGAUUGGCAGCCAGCGGACUCUUCAAGGAUCCUGAGAAACAUGGAUGGGACUCUGGCGAUCGGAAGUACUUGGCAUCUAUUGGCUGAAGAGGCGACUUCACCGACGACCGCCAACCAUCUUUAGGGCUGGCCAUGCACAGAACACAGCGGGAAAGAGGAGCACCACAUGGCUCUCCCUGUGCUUUAGCUAACAGGCCAAGCUGCUCUGCAAGCUUCUCUCCCCAUGCCAGGGAGAAAAGCUUAAUCCAGGAUGCCACCUUCCUCAGGUUCUCAGAUCCGCACCGAGAUCCAAUGGUGUUUCACCUUGUUACAGCUGUCUCCUCCGUUUAUUCUUCCAGGUGUACUUCCAAUUUAAAACCACGUUGGGGUUAUUUUUAGGCGCGAGUCAUUAGUGCUGGGAUGGGGUUUUCAAACAGAUUCAUUCUCUCUGCUACUGGUUGGGCAUUUGAAUCGCUGUUUAACCUGCUGGUUUCUUCCUCUCUCUGUGUUGAAUGGAAGCCUGGGGAGGAGAUGGAGGGAGGAAAGGGCCAGCUCCACACCUGUUGAAUUGUGGGCAAUCUGUGCCCUACUUUGCCCCCACCCAGACCAGUUGACACUGCAGAAGUCACACAUCGUAAGAAAGACCCCCAAUGCUUGCAGGCAGGGAGCUACAGGCCUGGCUUGCUCAGGUCGUGUGGGGAUGAUAAAAGGGGAAUGUUGGUUGACCUGUUCCCUUUAAUGUUUGUAUUUACUUAUUUUUAUUGUUUUGUGGUAUGUGGAGAUCAGAGGAUAACUUUAGGGAAGUCAGUUCUCCUCUUCCACCAUGUGGAGGUCAUCAGUCCUGGCAGUAAAUGUCUUACCAGCUGAGCCAUCUCAUGGGCCUCGUCCCCUCCCACUCUUAAGAGAUGCUCUAGGUAGUUUCUCUCCAAAUGUAGGCUUAGAUCGCUGUUCAAAGCUUGAUCUAACUACAGUGCUAGCUCUGACCUCUCUGAGAACGGCCAGUAGGAGCUCCUCCUGUGUGUGUACACUUCUCUGUGUGUGCACUUGUCUCUCCGUGUGUGCAUGUGUGUGCAUGCGACUUUGUGUGUGUGCAUUUCUGUAUGUGUGAAUUUCUCUCUGUGUGUAAGUGUGUGCUCUCGAACUCGCAUACACCUGUGCUUGUGAAGGGCAGAGGCCCACAUCUAGUGCCUUUCCUCAAAAGAUAGCUGAGCUGGUUUUGUUUGCAUUGUUUGUUUUGUUUUGGGACUCAAGAUCAUUGAUUAGGGCAACCUGACUGGCCACCAAGUCCCUGGGGAUGUGCCUGUCUCUGCCUCCCCACUGGGGUAGUGACAAAAUGUGCACCUUCAAGCCCAACUUUUUACUUGGGUGCCAGGGAUAGAAUGCAGGGCCUCAGGCUGGCGGGAGCACUUUGCUGACAGAACCAUCUCCCCAGGCCCCGUUUGCAGUUACUAUCCCCAGGGCAGUCACUGGGUCCUAGCAAGCACCUGUAAGAUGCUGUCAUCAGAGAAAGACCAAGAGCUCAAAGUUGUCUGUGAGGAAGGAGACAUAAGUGGAUCAGAAAGGCCUUGCUAUUAAACGUCCAGAGGCAGGACCUGUGGUACAGACAGCAAACAAACAGAUACAAAACAGAUACGAAACUCAGGCUCUCAGAUGUGGUUCCCACAAUGAGAGAAAUCCUCCCCUUCGUGGUUAAACCCAUAGGCUGUGGAAACAGAGACUCGGGCUGUACCCUGGCACUCGCCCAACUAGCUAGUCUCGCUAUCACCAACAAGAAGCUUAGCCCAUUAGGCAUCCCUUCCUAAGCUGUAAAAGGGCCCAGUCCAGCUUUGCCUGGGUUCUCCUUACACUCCCCUUGCCAAGGCUCAUGCCAACGCUAAAAUCAACCUUGGCUGAUCAAUAUCUCUCUCAGUCUUACUUCCUGCUCCGUCCCCUCCCCCUCCCAUGCUGGAAGGAGAAGGGAUCACUGAGAGGCUGGCCUUCUCUAGGGGGGAAGAUGGUAAUGUCUAAACAUCAGGUGCCCUUGGGACCCUAUUAGAAAACCAAAUUCUCUGACCCAACCCUUGUCCAAGACCCUGGAAGAGAACCUAGCAUUUAGGUUUUAGCCCAGCCAUAGACAGUUCCUUUGGGCAACAGUUUGGAAACCCUGGUUUGAAUGAGGCCGGACAUUCUCACGCAGGAGGGUCUGUCUGGUAUCGGCUAUCUUUCUCCCGUUUAUUCAACACUGCCAGGUCUGCCUAGCUGGAACCUAAUUUCUCCCUCUCGUAAUGAGGAGAAAUAGCCUUCCUUUUGAUAAUUCCUCCUGUGAUAAGCACGCAUCUCAUAUUCUGUUUUCCCAGAUAAGGUGUGAAGCGGGGUUGGCUUUUACAACAUCAGCAGGAAGUUGUCAGUUGCCGGGGUAACACGCUGGUGGGAGGAGAGCUGUCCUACUUUUCCUAGGGAAGGUUAAGCUGAUUCCUUGUGUCCUCACAGCUACAAUGGGGCAGGGUGGCAGAGAGGACCUUGCAUUCGAGUGCUUGGUUAACAGUGAUGUGUCUAGCCGUUUCUCUCACAUCUGAGUUUCUUUUGAUGCCUUUCAGGUGAGUAGCAGUUACAGGUUUCACUCUGAGGCUCUGUCGAGACUCUCUGGGACCUCAAUACAGUUCUAUAAAUCGCUUUUAUUUAUUUUUUCUUCCUAAAAGAGUUUGAGAAUGGUAUUCAAUAAAAGACGGAAAUAAGACAAACACAUGAAAGGAAGACGUUAGAGGAAAGAAAAUCAAGAUGCCCAUAAAGAGAUCCUUCCAUUGUCCAAGAGUGUCAGCGACAAGACACAGCCACCGCUGGCAGGGGGACAGAAUGAAACUCAGAGGUUCCUGGUGGCAUAUGGGAAAAAGAGAAACAGUGUGGGCUGAGGGGCCCCUCAUCCUCUACAGAGAGAGCAGACAUCAUCAGGAAAAAACAAACUGUUUCCUAGAACUACGUACGUUCUGAGGGAAAUUGAUGGUGGAGGGCCUUACACGAGGUACACAAGUAUGUAUAUUUAACACAGCGCCAGCCCAAGCCAUGGAAUUUAUCUGUCUUUUAGGGAAAUAAAUUUCGGAACUCAGCAGGUUGACAGUGUCUCUUCAAAUUUACAGCAUCAGUGCGCCGUGAAGUAGCUCCUUCCCACAUCUCACUUUACUGGACCGUCUAUCAGCGUUUGAUCAAAUUGGGCCAAAGUUUCAAAGUACCCUUAAAUUAUACCCGGAGAAAGUGCUGGUACAUGCAGAAUGCCCGUGCAGCCCUCGAAAUUGCGUCCUUGUGAGUUGGAAGCAUCUUUGAAAAAUACAUCGUGACCAUUUCCCCCAAUCUGGAAGCUUCUUUAGAAUAGUUAAAAUUCAAAUGUAUCUGCCAAACCAACGUUGCCCAUAAAAAUGCCCACCCCCCGAAUUUCCCAAGGUGGCUCAUGUCAUGGAGAGGCACCCAAGUUAGCAAGGCAGUCCUGUGCAGAAGGCGCUAAAACGGGAGGUGCUGCCUGGGCCCCGAGGGUCAGCGGGAUGAUUGAACGCCUCCUUCACAGUCUGCACCUUCACCAUGUGUGUGGAAUAAUUAGACAAAUGGCCCGGGGGAGACAGUCUCAUUCAAACCACCGCACGCCCUGUGUCCUGUAGCCUCUCAGAUCCCAGGUAGGAAGCUUUGCUGUUGUUCUGAAUCUUGCUAACAAGUUUUGCUGGACUUCGCAUUACAGUGCAAGGUCACAGGGAGGCCUAGUAGGAGACGCUCAAGGUUAGCACUGUCCUAUAAGGAGAGACAUGGCUUAUAUGACAGUGACAGAGGUUAAAGUUAGAAACACAUUAAGGUAGAAAAACGGAAGUGGUUAUUGUGCAGUGAAUGGAAAGGUACCCUCAAUCCCCUCACCCCCACCCCUCCCCUGUCCCUGGCUCCAGAACACUUGGUCCCCAGUUGGGGUGUCUAUGGAGCCUUGCUAGAGGAAGCACAACAUUGGGUGAGCUAUGAGGGUGUAUAGCGUCACCCCUUUUCCUACUGUCUGUCUGCUUGCUGCGUGUGGUUGAAACAGGACUUCUCAGCUUCCCAUUCCUGCCACCACAGGUCCCCAGUGUCAUAAACUCAACCCCUGCAAUCACAGGCCCAAGUACACUUAGACACAGGACUGCCUCUGCGAAUGUGGUCCGUAUGAAAUGAUCCCUCGGGCUCACGUGUGGAAGCAGUCGGUCUCCAACGGGCAGCACUCUCUUGAGGUUUCCCGUGGGUGCUGCUCUGUAUGUAGCUGGUGGAGAGAUAGCUGAUAAGGCCUGGCCUUUGUGGGUUGCCGCUCUCUCCUGCUUCCUGCCCAAUCUCUCUGCCUCCUCAGCCUCCAAGAUACGACCCUAUGCCUCUGCCACCGCGAAUGUCACCACCCCUUCCAGCUCGAUGACUUGGAAUCACAGGCCCAAAUGAUCCUCUUUCCUUGAGCUGUUUCGAUCAAGUACUUUGGUUGCAGCCAGAAGAAAAUAGUAUCAAUUCAAAGUAUCAUCAACUUAUUAAAAAUAAUUGAUAAACAUAUUUGUAGAAACCUCCAAGUGUAGCAGCCUUUCUUCCUUCUGUACCGGAAGUAUUGAUGGAGUACAUUCUGUGAUUUAUACUUUCGGUCCUUACGCGGUAGCACCCUGAAUUGGGAAAAACCAAGGGUUUGGCUGUUGUGAGAGGUGAGAGACCUUUAUUUUUGAAACCUUUGUAGCCCGUGUUCGAGUUUCACCUUUGUAGUUGGGUCCAGUCUCGGAUUCUGUUCUCUCGUUGUCAAGCUGUCUUGUCUCACGUGUUACUUUGCUCCUUGUCGCUAAAACAGCAGCAGAAAGCCACCACAGUGACUACUGCGUCCUCAUCGAACAAACAAAUACUCGAGAUAUCUGGGAGCACGCCGCUCUCUGUGGUGGGAGGUAUCUUGGAGCAGUUGCUAUUCGGAAACGGUCAGAUUGUUCACUCAAGUCUAGUGCAUUGGCGAUCAACCGGCAAGGGCUCAGCGUGGGGACUCGGGCUCCCUCGUUCUCCCUCGUUCUCCCUCGUUCUCCUGGGAACUCUGUCCGUCUGUGUUAAACAUCCCUCAAUGUUCCAUUCUCCUCACCGCUUCCCUUGGAUCUGUUGCUCAGCUCUGAAAACCAGCUGCAAGCUACAAAGCGCCAUAAAGGAGAGGCCAUUUGUUUGUUGGUGGUUUUCUUUUUCUUUUUCUUUUCUUUUCUUCUCUUUUCCUUAGUGAAGUAAUGUGGGUGAAAUGGAAAGAGAACGGCUGUUUCACUUUCUGUGAAGAAAGAAAGAAGGAAAGAAAGAGAAGGGGAGGGAAAGAGGGAGAAAGAGAGCUGGAGGGAGGGAAAGAGGAAGGAAGAGGGAGAGAGAGAACACUUAUAACCUCAGUGUAUGGUUUGGUAUUUUACCAAAAUAAACAUUGCAUAAUUAAUUCUCCUAGAGCUAUAUAAAAAUACAGAGGGAAAUCAUUCCAUGUCAGGACACCACACAUCGUUUGUUUGUUUGUUUGUUUGUUUGUUUGUUAGAGGAAGCCAAAUCGCAGGCUAGCCUCCUCAUCUGGUUUUUUUCCCCACGUGUUUCAUGACACGUCUCCUUCAUCCCCGGGAACUUUAGAUUAUGCCGUGUGGGCAAGGGAAAGAGAGAGUGGUAGUUCGUGUUCAUCACCCCAAAAGUUUACGGUUUGGUAAGAGAAGACCAUGGAACUAGCACGUGACCCUAGAAUGUGUGCAGGAGACAUUAGCAGGUUUAGGAGUCGGGGAGCGGCUGGGCGUGUUCGCUAAGACACACAAAAGCAUGAUUUUUUUUUUCAUUUUUUUUAACGAUAAUGUUUUUUUUAAAGGAUAGUUUAAAAAGGAAGAUUUGGGUAACAUAGCUAUUAGGUGGUUUGCGUGCUACGUAUUAGUCUGUCACAUACGUGUGAAUUAACAUGCAUGAAGUGUCACCCUGUUUACCAGUGCUAUAAAAAGCACACGGCAGAUGACUGAAUCUGACGCAACAGGUUUUAAGGCCUUAGCCUCCAAAAAAUGUAGGGGACAAAACUCAUGGUCGUAAAUGGUGUGAGCUUGUUCCCUCCCACCUGUGCCCACCCCCCACGCCCCUCCCCCAUCCCCCCUCCAGGUUGAAAUCUGUUGCAAAAGUCAGCCACCACUUCCUUUAGCACUUCCCUUGAACGCACAUGGACAUGCAUGCACAAAAGAAGGAAAGUUCUGGUUCCCUUAGGUGGCAGGAUGUGUACUACCUGGAGGUCCCAGAGGCAGCUUCAGCCAUCUUUGUAACAUUGUGUCUGAACGGUGGCUUUAAAUGCUCAUUUCGUUUAGCAAGUCACAUAGCUGACAGAUGUUUCAUACAUGCCUUUUCGUAAGCAUUGGAUUGGGAAAAAUCACACCAAGGGAAGAGAUGAGGUAUCCUGCAGAUGUCUCCGGAGGGACCUGUAAGGAGAGACAAAGGCUGCUCCACCCACCUCGGUCCUCCGCCCGUCACCUCCGCACGGUCUGACCCUGAAUGGUGUGACCGAUGACUGUAAGACCCCAGCUCUUGAAGACAGGGUUCCUCCCAACAUCCUCCCAAGGACUGAGAACAGUUCUCCCAGCCAGCUCUGCUCACAGUACCACCCAAAACCUCUUAGAGAAACUGCCCUCCCCCCACCUCCCCUGCCGGCCUCUGUAGGUACAAGAACUUCAGGCAUCACCUUGGCCAGAAAAUAAUUAAAUGCAAGUAAGUAACCAAAGAGGGAAAAACAAGCUCAACCUUCACCUCCAAUCUGGAAGUGAUAAUUGCUGGUCAGAGAAAUGCAUCCCCAAGCCAUCAAACAUAGCUAAGGUGCUUGGCAGUAAACAAACUUGGGGUGUGUGCCUGUGUCACUAUUAAACAUAACAAGGAGAUGGGUGGUUUAAAGACGGGAAAAUGGCUUCUAAGAGCUGAGACGGUUCACUGACACUUCCUGGAACACCCAUAAGGCACUUACUAUGUGCUGUUCCCGGCAUGGUCACAACCACUGGGGCAAGUGCCACUGCUUGCAAUCGUCCCCUCAUAUGAGAAAGACUCAGGGAGUAAUUAGCUUCCUAGAAGUAACCUUACCAGUAAGCAGAAAAGCUAAAAUGGGAAAAUCCUUGAAGCCUCUGGUCUUAACUAGAUCUCCGGAUCUCCUCUGGGCAUGGGGGUUUAGGGGUGUCUUUGGGGCUGCACGCCUGAGAAGGCCAUGGCCGGCAGCAAUCUUUGCUCUUUCCUUAGACCCUGGACGUAGCAUAUGGACUUUUAAAGAAAAGCCUUGCCGAGUCUUUCCAUUCCUCAGGAAAUGAGCAGUUUCAUUUUCAAAGAGAGGAUUCUAACCCAGUCAGGCAAGCCAAGUCCGGCACACCCGUGACUGGCAAAGAUCACCAGGAGGUUUUGCAUUGUUGGAUGCUGUCCCUCCUUCCUGUGUCCCCUGAUCAAUGCUCCUUCCAGCCGCCCAUCGCAAUCAGCAUCGCCAUUCACAAUCAGGAUCUGUUCAGUUGGUUGUGGUGCUGGUGCUGGCGGGAGCUUAUCAGAAAGGAUACACAGUUACCAAGUUUCUCACACAGGUGCAGGGCCAGCCCGGAAAACAAUGGAAAACAAUACCUCAUUCUUCUGUGUGGUAAAGGGAAAUAUAUACUCUGUAUGGUGUAAAAAGGACCUUAAAAACCACCUCCACAUGACAUCCUUGUUGUCUUUGGAUCGUGACAUUUCAGUGACUGUAAAUAUUUCAUUGGGUGACUAGAACAGCACUGACUUAGCCCAGUUCCUGGAUGUAUUUGUGCUCCAUUGAAAUUUUUGCCUUGCUUUGUUUCUGUCUUCUGGUUCUAAAUAGCAGGGAGAGGAGAAUCUUUGUAUCCUAUACCUGCUGUACACAUCCCCAGUCUCCGCAGGGUGGUUCCCUGCUAUCGAAUGUCUAUGGAGUUUGUCUGUCUUUUACUGUUUGUUGCCGAACCUCCCACAAGUGAUAAUUUAUUGAGUAUCGCAUAAAGGGCUUGCUUUCUGGGAUUUAAUAUUCGCUGGCUUUGAAGGCGCCAUCGCAGCCUGUCAUGUCUGGGGCUUGGAGGUCCCCUCUGAUGUAAAUCAAAACAUUUGAGUUAACAACAUGAGGCCUUGUCAGUCACUCACAAAUUAUAGGCACCUCCUCUGUCUUUGUCAAUAACAAAAAAGAGAGAGAGAAAAAAUUACCCCCAAAUGGCAUAAAAAAUUAGGAAUCAGACAAGGAGUCACGAAAAGAAGACAUGUGUCAUGGCCGAGAGAGAGUCUCAGAUCUGAGAGGCAGUGCAGUCCCUGAACUUGAGCUGUUUGGAGAAAGGGCUUGUGGCAUCACCCGUCUCCCUGCUAGGUGCCAGGGCAGCCACACUGAGGGUAGGCACAGGGAAGACGUUCAACUAUCCCUAUGAGAAAGGACCCUCAGCUCUGCCGUGGGAAGCAUGGCCGUCAUCGACGGUAGCAGGAAGGAAUCGCAUUGUCUGAUUCCUCUUUGUCUCUUCAAAACAGUUCCAGUGGGUUCUGCACAUGCCAAGAGAGUUUGCGUAGGGGACACAUUAGUCCAAAGAAGGAAGACUUCAAACAGAGCACACACACGGUCUUCAUUCUGGGUGGGUCUCCACUGCAGAAAGUCAAGUAGGUUAUGGAAGCCACAGCUAAUAAUAAAAGAAAAAGAGAAAAGAAAAAGAAAAAAAUAUACAAUCUCUUCUCUUAGAGAGAAGAAUCUAGUCAUGUGCCUGAUACACACAGAACUUAACUCUUGCUGGUACUGUGCAUUCCUUCUUUCCUGCUGUAGACUAUGCUUCCUACCACAGAAGGGAAAUAUCCCCCACGGGCUGAAGUCCAACAGCCGUCAGACUGUGAACACGGUACCGUGCGUCUCUAUUUAACAUUAGAGCCGAUAGCUUUUUGACAGGUUUAUUGCUGAUGAGUUCAAUGACCACUCAUGCAGGACAAUUAUGUUUGAGCUAAUUUGAUGAAUCAACUCGAUGUUCUCCCAUGGUCCCCGCAGCCCUUUGGAGCGUGUGUGCCCAAUCCACUCCCCACCCAGAGGUCAAAAGGAAGCUUUGUAUGUUGGGUAAUAGCAUCACAUCUGAGGGGCUGUCUGGUAAAAAAAAUGAUCUUGCCUGGUGCCAAGAAUGGGAAGGACCAUUUGGUAAUAUCAUUAAAGCCAUCUGCCAGGCCCCUGUCAGUUGUGACAUAGGAUUCCAGAGGCCGGCAAGUGUCCUGUGAGCCCUUGAAUAAUUUUGUGGUGAGGCAAGCACAGAGUUCAUCCUGCAAGCAUUUAGGGGGUGUUGGACCCUGGGGAGAGAUUAUGUCUCAUUGCUGGAUUGAGUUUGAACUGGAUUUUUGAGAACAGACAAGGAGGCGUAAAGAUUUCCUGAGAGUCUCUUUCCCCUCCUUCUUUGUAGCUUUUUCCAGCUCCCUGCCUUCCAGGAGACUCCCAGCAUAGCAGUUGAAAGCAGAGAUGUGGGAGCAGUAAAAACACCCAGGGACAAAACUCACCCUUACCUUGCCUUGUCAUUGUGCCAUGUGGGACCGAUCAGUUAUGAUUCUAGAACUUUCCCCAUUCUGCGCGAAACACAGAUAACAAUGGUCCAUGCUUCACCAAGUCACGCUGGAACCAAUUACAGCCAUACACCCCACCGAUAUGCUUUUCUUGAGGGUAGCCCAUGUGCGUGAUGGUGGCCCUGUAAGGUUACAGAAAAACCAGACUCUACCCACAGCCCAUGGUCUUGUCACCAUUGUAACCCUGUGGGGAAUUCCUCCUGUGUGUUUGGCUCUGUUAAGAAAAAGAAACCUACUGAACAGGUGCCAGCAAGGUUGCUCAGUGGCUCUGGCGUUUGCUGUCAAGUCUGAUGGCUAAGUUAGAGCCCCAGGAGCUACACGGAGAGUAAAGGAAGGAGUUCACUCCUGAAAGAAAGUUGUCGUCUAACCUCCACAUGUGCCUCCUCUCUCUCUCUCUCUCUCUCUCUCUCUCUCUCUCUCUCUCUCACGCACGCACGCACGCACGCACGCACGCACACACACACACACACAGAGAGAGAGAGAGAGAGAGAGAGAGAGAGAGAGAGAGAGAGAGAGAGAGAGAGAGAGUGUGUGUGUUUCAGUACUUGGGAAAGUAUGAUAGGAGGACACCGUGAGUUUCAGGUCAACCUGAACUACAUAGUAAGUUCCUGGCCAGCCUGGAGUCCAGAGCGAGAUUCCGCCUUGGCAAUAAGGAAGGAAGUCACUGAGUGAGUGACUGGGCUGUACGAUGACACUGGGGUGACAGUAUACAGUUACUGUGCUGUGGCUUGACUGUUUGCUCUGUAAUCUCUGUGCUUUGAAGACAAAGUUGACUGUCAGCAGACGUCCGUGUUAUGCCAGCAUGAGCCUCACAGGCCUGGGAAAUACUGCAUCCCUGGCUUGAGCCACACCACCCAGGCUCCUCAAAGUGCCAGCUUCAAGGUCUGCAGUAAGAAGUAGACCAACUAAGACAUGCUUUCCAGAACCUUUCUCCAUCUUGACAAUUCAGGGCAGGGCAGGACGGUGGUGCAUACAAGAGAAUGCAAACCCAGCCUCAGAUUCAAAUUUCCAAACAUCAAAAUUUUCUGGCCUGCUGUAGACAACUGAACAUGGGCGACUUCCCCUUGCCAGAAUUGGCGAACACAGAAUUAAUUCAAACACAUAGUGUAAAAAAUGCUAUUUUUUUUAAAUAAAGGUGAUUGACAGCUGGUAUGUUUUCCCCCAAAAUCGUUGGAAAAGAAAAAAAAACCCAAAAAGCUAUGAUACCAUCAGAUAGUAAACCCAAUUUCUGAUGUUGAAGAUGAUCCUUUUUUUAAAAAAAAAUAGCUGAGAGUUACAGGUAGAGCAAGCUACAAGUAGGUGGCUUACAGAACCGUAAACCAGAGUUUCUUGAAGUUUUUACUCAGUGAGUAUUGUUAUGGAAGCCUCCUUGGGCAUCGAGUGAAGGUGUGAGGUGAAGUAGUGUUAUCACCCCCUACAGGGUGAGCAAGUCACGUGAUUGUGCCUGGGCCUCCGCACUGGUCCGUUGGGUUGAUGACCUGGGAUUGUACAGACUUAAGAGCCAGGGUUGGGCCUAGCUCUUCCCCCACCCCAUCUCAUUGUCAUCCGUCCAUCCUCACAAUAAGAAGGGCAAGGCUCACAGACCGAGAUUAGCAGGAGAGCCUUGCACGGAGGGAGAGUCAGAUGAUAGUCUCAAUACACGGUUCUUGGACGGAUGGAAUGACCCAAUGAGUAAUUAACUAGGCUGAGCUUGAUUUCCUGUGAUAAUAAACCAUUCGGUAGCAAACCACCAAGAGGGAGGCAGUAGACAGUCACGGUAGGAACUCGGGCCGUGAAGUGGCCAGGGUGUUGAUCAUGGCUAAGAAGCACCAGCCACUUCGCCUCGGACUAAGGAUUGAAUGACUCCAAGGCUGUUUCUUCGCUUGUGAGUUGAGUGUACUAGAAGGCAUGCUGGAGUGUUGUAAGCAGGUAACGGGUUGGUAACAUAUUCUUUUCAAUAACUUUUGCAAAAUAUAAUGCCUGAUAGAGGUCAAAAACAUGUCACCAAACACUGCCCUGGAUUGCUCAGUGCCAAUGACAAAGAACACAGGUAGGCAAAGUCCUUCCCCUCAUGAAGUGAGUUGUAUAGGCAACAGCCACAUGCAAUCAAUAAUUUUAGAUGCGGUAGAUUUCCUGCUAAUAAAAGAGAACGAGGUGAUGUGUGAAAUCUGAUUGUUUUGUUGAAGUUUGUCACAGAAGAUCCCUCUGAGGAAGGGACAUGGAACAUUGUCUCCAAAUAGAAGGGAACGAAGGCCUGAGGGUCUAACACUCUUGGGCUAAGGAGGGGGGCAAGUCCAAAGGCCCUGCUGUUCAAAUGUCCUUUUCGGUACUCUUGGCACAUUGCCUAGACAGGGAGCAGUACAUAUUGGAGUCUGUAGUCCUCAGAAGUCUGUUGCUGUAGGAGCUCAGAGCUGAAUGCCUGGACUGGGUUCUAAGUGUGUCGAGAAGUCGCCGACAGGUAUGUCACAGCUCUGGGAUCAAUGGAGCCUGAGUUCCCUUUCAAGAGUGAUUGCUGCAGCAGUUGGGAGGGUUACAGUGGCAGCCAUGAAGAGGCAGGGAGAUGAGGUGGGAGGUUCUUGGGUGGUGAGGAGUCCUACAAAGGAAAUGGAUGUGGACAGGGAAACCCAAGGAUCUGAGACAAGACAGCACAGUCCACAGCCUGUGGGUUAGAAAGAGAGAGGGAGAGGGAGCUGCUGACUUCUGUCCCCUAAAGCUCAGCCCAACCCUGAGGCCUCAGCUGCAUCUCUGUCCCUAGCUUCCCUCUGUGGUUUGCCCCUGGGCCCCCAUCUCCAUAGUGAUGAGUUUUUCAUUCCCCCACAGGACCCAGCUCCUGGGAGACAGAAUAUCAGCUGUGGAUCUUGACGAAAGGGUCCUCAGCAGAGAGAGCUCUCAAGAAUGGCUUUAUUUCAGUUCAAUAUUUACCGGAGACCCACUCAGGGUCAUAUGAAAUUUUUCAGAGAACGUCCUAUUAAAACUCCAGAGCAAAUAGAACGAAAGUCGAGCCUAAGAGAUAAGACAAGGUGUAGAUGAAUCAGGGUGUUAACUGAGAUGUGAUUUUCCGCUAAGAAUAUAGCAGGGGCCGGGUUACACCAACAUAACUCAGCCUAUGCCAUUGAUUUGCUCUCUGAUUGGGUGUGGGGCAGUAAGGCGGGGCUUCAACCUUCUUUCCCAGGGCUCACAGAUGAAUGGAAAACUAAGAAGUCAAGCAAUGCCUACAGGCUUCGUUCGUAUCAUGGAAAUACCUAUUUAUAGACCAGCAAAGUGGAGCUGCCUGGCAGGCCGGAGCAAUGUAAAUACUACAAAAGUAAGAACCAAGGGAGAACCAUUAGCCUCAGGUAGUUCACUUCUGGGAGGCAGAGGCAGGAGGAUUGCCAUAAGUUUCAGGCCAGCCAGGGAUACCUAGGAAGACUUAUUUGCAAAGAUCGAAAAAUUAAAAGCACCAAGUGGAUACUUCUGAAUGUGGGGUUUACACACAUCUAUCAAGGGACCAGUGGUUAGCACAGUGCAGUGGGGUUAGUUACUACACUGCACAGUGUUUGACUUACACAGAAAUAUAAAUGUUGGUCUUUGGGCAUCUCUGAAGUGAUCCUCCAAGCCACACUCUCCAGCCAGAUUCUCCUCCAGCUGAGUGAAGAAUUUCACUUCAGUGCCCGGAACCCUUGCAAAAGCUUGUGUCAUGGGGAACACCUCACCUGUCGUGAGGGACUGCUGGAAGGGGAGACAAGUGGGUUCCUGGGGCUCCUUAGCCAGCCAGUCCCUCUGAACAAGCCAGAUCCAGAUACCAGUGAGAGACUCCAUCUCAAAAACAAACAAACGAACAAACAACAAAACUCAGUGUGGACAGAAGCUGAGAACUGAUGCCUGACACUAACUCCUGGCAUCACACGCUUGUUCAUACAUGGGCACGCACACUCACAGGUACAUGUACAGAGGCACACACAACACACACACAUGUGCAUACGAAAAGUGUAAAACGAAAAGUAACAGCCAGUUCACAUGAUGAGUGCCGUCUGUGUUUGUAUCAUAUAUGUAAUAUGUGCUUGUGUCAUAGUCACAUAUAUAAAGAGAUCGAGGUUAACUGUAUGUUCUGUGUUGUGUUUACUUGUGUGUUAUAUGUGUUUAUUAUUGAAGUGUGCAUGUAAUCAUUAAGUACACAGAAUGUUUUAACCAUAAUUAUGUGUUAUAAAAUGCAUGAUUAUACACUUACAUAUAGCAUGUUACAUAUUUAUGCAAGUAGACUAUAACACCAUUGAAUACAUUGCAUAAAGUUUGUUAUGUGUGUGUUCAGAUAGACAUGUUUUAAGUGCGAUCACAUGGUUUUGAUUCGUUUUUAACUUGCCAUUUUACUGGAAAUAUCACAAAUAUUCUAGUCAUUACAUAUUUUUCGUGCUCGAUCGUUUCCAGUAAGGCCCUGUCUAAACACAGAUCACCAUAACUUAUCUGAUCGUAGUACGAUCCUCCUAAUUUUGGAGAAUUUGGUUGCAUCCCCUUCAUUUCCCCUGAGGAAACACCCUGCCCUUGCUAAAUAAGGAUGGCUUCCUCAUGGCGUGGCUUUCCAGACUCAAGUUUCUCAGUGUCCCCGGAGGCAGGUCUCUCAGAGGCAUGCUGUGGGAAUUCAGCAAGUACAGGCAGACAUGGGUUCGGGGUCCGUGGCCCAGAGUCAGGUCAUUCUGCACAGAGGGAUGCUCAUGGAGGCAAGAGAAGACCACUCUCAUUUUUCUGUCCUCCGGCAUUUCCUCCUGUGGCCCAACAGAUUGUCACCAGGACCUACAAUGCCACAGGGACAUACCUCACCUCCAAAGCCGCACAGCGUUUGGAUAAGAAAAGUGUCUCCAGUCCAACUCGUUCCCUGAGCAAAAUGUUUUCUAAUGAAGUGUCUUGAGGGUGUCAUCUAUGUUCUUCUGAGACUUGGGCUUGUCAGCAGCACCUAUUUCUAGGACUUGUCCCUAUGGCUACAGAGCAUCUGGGCUGUGACCUGCUGUGACAGAGCUUGCAGGCCAAUCUGCACAGAUGUGUGCCAAAGUGACCAGGCUUCCAGAGAGCCUUCUAUGUAGGAGUGCGGCUCUCUUUCUAUCUCUCUGUCUCCAUCCCUCUCUCUACUUCUGAGGGUGUGUCUGUCUGUCUGUCUCUUUUCAUGUAUCUGUGUGUCUGUCUCUGUCACUCUAUGUGUGCUGUCUCUGUCUCUGUCUCUCUGUGUAUGUAUAUAUGUGUGUAUGUGUGUCUGUCUCUGUCUCUAUUUCUAUGGGUGUGUUUGUCUCUCUUUCUCUGUAUCUCUGUCUGUCUGUGUGCAUUUGUGUGUGUCUGUCUGUCUGUCUCUGUCUCUCUAUGUCUUUCUGCAUGUGUAUACAGGUGUGCCUGAAUUUCUGUGCCAGCAUAAAUAGAGGUCAGAGGUCAGAGGUCAGUGUCAAGUGUCUUCCUCAAUAUGUUUCUGUCUCAUUUUUUGAGAUAGGGUUUCUCGCUCAGCCCAGAGCUUACUGAAUGGGAGACCAACUGUCCAGAAAGCCCCAGCGAUUCCCCCAUUCCCCUCCCAGGUACUGGAGUAACAGACAUGCACCACCACACCUUGAUUUCUUUUAUGUGGUGCCAAGGGUUGAACUUGGGUCCUCAUGCUUGACAAACACUGUAGCAGCUGAAUUAUCUCCCACUUCUGAAUGAGAUCUUUCGAUUAAAUGAAGUGGAUGUAGUUUUUAGUUAGCAGAUACACAACAAGACUUCCUCCGAGGCCUGAGUGGGUGCAGGGACAGGGUGUCUGGGUCGGGCUUGGCCAUGGGUGCCCGGCCCACCCUCUCUCCACAUGUCACUUCUGAGUGGUAUGCAUAGUGGCAGGGUUGGGGUGUCAGCCCAGGACUCAGAGAAUGGCUUAGUUGGGGGAUUCACAGCACCUGUCCUGACCAAGUGUGACACUAAUACUACCAUACUCUUUGCUAAAGGACAUUUCUUUGAGCCUGGCCUCGGAUUGUGAUUCCAGCACAAGAAUCCUAAAGUCUUGCAUGAAGUUACUCGAUCCUCCUAAUUCAUUUCUGGCUGUUUCUACCCAUAAUCCUUUGGGUCUAAGAAGCAAAAACCGAGCAUCCAGCUGGCUUCAUUCUCCGCCUGCUCUUUCUAGGACAAGGGCAUUGCCAUGGUCCCCUCCUGACUUCUUCCCUUUCCCACUUGCAUCUGUACCAGAUUCAUCCCACAAGAGACCCGAACAAGUCUAAAAGUGCCAGCCUCCGCAAUGCCCUCCCUUGGAGAAAACCCUAGACCUUCAUCUUUAGAGCGCCCUCCCCUCAUCUCACCCAUUCUCUCAAGCUGUCCAUGCCUUCUUUCUUCCAGCUAUACCAACUGCCAUUGCAUAGUGUCAGAAACCAAGUUCCCUGCUGCCCCUAGGCCUUUGCACAGGCUAGCCCUUCGGUGUGAGACCACGCUCCGUCUUUCUGGUCUACACACGGAGGUUGACGGCUUGCUCGCCCAUUCAGAUAUCUCGUGUCUAGACUGCAACCUAAGGAGUCGGUUCAAAAAAGAAAGUCACGGAGAAUAAAAUUAGCCAUUUCCCAACCACCGUUCCCUGCUCCAGAGAACGCCCCCCUCUUCUGAAAGAAACCUGAUGCCUUGUGAUUGUUUUAUUUAACCGUGUGGACACUACUGGACAGCGAGGUGGGACGGCACCUUCAGUCCUUCUGAGACUGUUUUGUCAACAUCUGUGGCCGACAGUUGCUCAGUAAGUGUGUGUUAAACAAGAAAAUCCAUUGAACAAAUGUUUACAAAGCUCCAUCAGUGGUUUUGACACUGUUCUAGGCUCUGGUCAAGCCUGUGCCAGAAGGAAUAGGUGGGAGCUUAGCAAACUGAACAGAUUACAUGUCUAGAAGUGAUGUAUGCAUGUCUAGAAGUGAUGCAUGCAUGUCUGGAAGUGACGUAGGCGGGAUUGGCGACAGUGUCAGGGUAAGAUGGGCUGCUCCCAGAUAAAGCCUACUUAAUGGCUAUCAGGUGGCAUUCUAGAAAGGUCUGCAUGAAGGGUGACAUUGUGCUGGUGAUUGGAGAGACAGAGCUUUCCGAGGGGGAAGGCCUGCGCCAAGAUUCUGGGGUAGAGGCUUGCAGGAGGAACAAGCUUGGGUCGUGAGAGGAAGGGAGAGCUAAACUAAAGCAGUAAGGAGGAUUAAGGCUGAGUCCCUAAGCCUUGACUGGGACAGCAAAGGGACACCACAGGGAUGACAGGAAAAAGUCAUCGAAGACCCAGAUAUCAUAGGCAUCGAGCCAGGGGGCAGAUCGAGCUCUCUGAGGCCAACUUUGCUCCCCACGCUGUGUAGCUGUUCCAGUUUUUUCCCCAGCUUAUUAUCAUCAAAGUGAGGCUUGCCCGGUCCCCAAAGUAAGAGCUGAAUGCUGGCAGCGGGGCUUGUUGGCAGCAUAGCCCUGCUUGUUUGGAUCAGUGUUGUCUGUCUACCUUGCAGCCACCUUUCCCCCUCCCCUGUCCCCGGUGAUGGGGUGACUUCUCAACUGAUGACAGAGUGGUUUGGGUUGCAUCAGCAAGCUUCCUUAAGUGACAGCCCUUGCUCCCUCCUGGACUUUGACACCUGCAGCCUGGCACGGUGCCAGGUGUGAGUAAAUUGGGCCCUGGGUUCCUGUGGUUGUUUCUAUUCGCACCGCAGCUGCUUUCCUUAGUGACUGUGCCCUGUGAGCCUCAUCCCCUGCGUUGCCACUCAGUGCUCUCCCUCAGAUGCCAAGGGAGAGACAUCUUGUCCCCUCAGCAGCACGCAGGGACCUCUCCUAAGUCCCCACCCGGUUUCCUUGUGUGCUCAUUACCGAGUAGUGUGAGAAAGUCUUUGCAUAUUUUAUUAGUGAGUAUUUUGAAAUUCAAGUGGUUGGAAACCCAACGAGUUUAAAUCAAGAAGAUUAAUGCACUUCUGCAUCUCCCCCAAAAGGCCAGACAGGCCUCAGCUAUGGCCGACUUUAUUUGAGAACCCAGUGAUGUCAUUAAAAGUCAGCCUUAUUCUGCUCAUAAUGACUUCUUUCUGGAAACAUCUAUUCUUAGGAGGUAGUGAAACACAGAGAUAAGACCACACCCGUGCUACGCCAGUCACCCCAGACGCGCUUUAGAACAUUUCUAGUACACGUCCCGUGAUUGGCUCUUCUUGGCUCCCAUGGCUUCCUCCGCCCAAACCGAACACAGUCCUAUUGUUCCAGGCAAGCUGCCGUUUAGUUUAUCCACCUCCUCAGCCCUCGAGCCAGCCCAGGAGGUGGCCAGUAGGGUGCUCUAUGCCCAGCAAAAUGGAAAAGGCAACAUCUCCAAAAUGGCUGAAGUUAAACUUCCAGCCUCCGUGCUGGUGACCCCAAACAACGCGGGCUGGACGGCGUCUUAGCGAAUCCGCAGAGAACCAACCCACGGUCCAUUUCCACUCUGCAGAUGGAGAUGAACUCAAUCGCACAUGAGCAUCUGAUGCUGUGGCCAGGCUCUGCGUUCGCACUCAUCUCUCAGGUCCCCUGCUUGAGUCUCCUUGAACUUCGAAGAGGGGGGUAUGCCCAGGAGGAAGUACUGAAGGAAGAGGAGGAAAUAAAGGAGGAAGAGGAGGAAGACGAAGACAGCGGUUCCGUGGCUCAACACCAGGGCAGCAAUGACACCGGGACAGAUGAGGAGCUAGAGACAGGCCCAGAGCAGAAAGGCUACUUCAGCUGCCAGAACUCGCCAGGGAGCCACCUGUCCAAUCAGGACGCAGAAAACGAGUCCCUCCUGAGCGAUGCCAGCGACCAGGUGUCAGACAUCAAAAGCGUCUGCAGCCGAGAUGCCCCAGACAAGAAAGCAAACCCUCAUGCCAAGCUUCCCAGCGAACCCCAUAACUGCAUGGAUAAAAUGACAGCUGUCUACGCCAAUAUCCUGUCAGAUUCCUACUGGUCGGGCCUGGGCCUCGGCUUCAAGUUAUCCAACAGCGAGAGACGGAAUUGUGACACCCGCAACGGCAGCAGCAAGAAUGAUUUUGAUUGGCACCAGGAUGCCCUGUCCAAAAGCCUACAGCAGAACUUGCCUUCCCGGUCCGUCUCUAAGCCCAGCCUCUUCAGCUCCGUACAGCUGUACCGGCAGAACAGUAAGAUGUGUGGCUCGGUGUUCACGGGGGCCAGCAGGUUCCGCUGCAGGCAAUGUAGCGCGGCCUACGACACUCUCGUGGAGCUGACAGUGCACAUGAACGAGACGGGCCACUAUCAAGACGACAACCGCAAGAAAGAUAAGCUCAGACCCACGAGCUACUCCAAGCCCCGGAAAAGGGCCUUCCAGGACAUGGACAAAGACGAUGCUCAAAAGGUUCUGAAAUGUAUGUUUUGUGGCGACUCCUUCGAUUCUCUGCAAGACCUGAGCGUCCACAUGAUAAAGACAAAACAUUACCAAAAAGUGCCUUUGAAGGAGCCAGUACCAACCAUUUCCUCCAAGAUGGUCGCACCAGCCAAAAAGCGCGUUUUCGACGUCAACAGGCCUUGCUCCCCCGACUCCACCACGGGCUCGCUCGCAGACUCGUUCUCUUCCCAGAAGAGUGCUAACCUGCAGCUGCCCUCCAACAGCCGCUAUGGCUACCAAAACGGGGCCAGCUACACCUGGCAGUUCGAAGCCUGCAAGUCCCAGAUCUUGAAGUGUAUGGAGUGUGGCAGUUCCCACGAUACUUUGCAGCAACUCACCACCCACAUGAUGGUCACGGGCCACUUUCUCAAAGUCACCAGCUCUGCCUCCAAGAAAGGGAAGCAACUCGUGUUGGACCCGCUGGCUGUGGAGAAAAUGCAGUCGCUGUCUGAGAGCCCAAACAGUGAGUCUCUGGCCCCUAAGCCGUCGAGUAACUCCCCCUCCGAGAGCACAGCCUCCGCCACCGAGCUAAAGAAAGAGAGCAAGAAGGAAAAGGGGGAGAUCAACGAGGAUGAGCAAGGCGUGAAAAACGAGGAGUAUGAAGACGCUUUACAGAAACCUCUCGACCCUACCAUAAAAUACCAGUAUCUAAGAGAGGAGGACCUGGAAGACGGCUCAAAGGGCGGCGGGGACAUUUUAAAGUCACUGGAAAAUACCGUAACCACCGCCAUCAACAAGGCCCAAAAUGGUGCUCCCAGCUGGAGUGCGUAUCCAAGUAUCCAUGCAGCCUACCAGCUGUCGGAGGGCACCAAGCCGCCCAUGGCAAUGGGCUCUCAGAUACUGCAAAUCCGACCCAACCUCGCCAACAAGCUAAGGCCCAUCGCGCCCAAAUGGAAGGGCAUGCCACUUGGCCCCGUACCCGCAAGCCUGGCCCUGUACACUCAAGUCAAGAAGGAGGCAGAAGACAAAGAGGAAGUCAUGAAGCAGUGCAGGAAGGAAAGUCCCCACGAAGAGGCAACAUCUUUCAGCCAGCCUGAGAGCGAGUCUUUCUCCAAAAUCGAACCACCUUCGGAAUCCAGAAAGGCCGAGUCCUGUCCCCUGAAGGAAGAGGAGAAGCUGCUGAAAGAGAAACCGGAGCCGUUAGAACCAGUGUCUUCUCUGACCAAUGGAUGUGCAGUGGCUAACCACAGCCCGGCCCUGCCUUCCAUCAACCCGCUCAGUGCCCUGCAGUCCGUCCUGAACAACCACUUGGGCAAAGCCACCGAGCCCUUGCGCUCGCCUUCCUGCUCCAGCCCCAACUCAAGCACAAUCCCCAUGUUCCAUAAGUCCAGUCUCGGCGUGGUGGACAAGCCGGUCAUAAGUCCCACCUCUACCAGGCCGGCCGCCAGUGUGUCCCGACACUACCUGUUUGAGAACACCGACCAGCCCAUCGACCUGACCAAGUCCAAAAGCAAGAGAGCCGAGUCCUCGCAAGCACAAUCCUGCACGUCCCCACCUCAGAAGCAUGCUCUUUGUGACAUUGCUGACAUGGUCAAGGUCCUCCCGAAAGCCACCACCCCGAAGCCAGCCGCUUCCUCGAGGGUCCCUCCUGUGAAGCUGGAAAUCGACGUGAGACGCUUUGAGGACGUUUCAAGCGAAGUCUCCACUUUGCACAAAAGAAAAGGCCGGCAGUCCAACUGGAACCCGCAGCAUCUCCUCAUCCUGCAAGCCCAGUUUGCCUCGAGCCUCUUCCAGACCUCAGAGGGCAAAUACCUGCUGUCUGACCUGGGCCCUCAAGAGCGAAUGCAAAUCUCAAAGUUCACGGGACUCUCCAUGACCACAAUCAGCCACUGGCUGGCCAAUGUCAAGUACCAGCUUAGGAAAACAGGUGGGACAAAAUUCCUGAAAAACAUGGACAAGGGGCACCCCAUCUUUUACUGCAGUGACUGUGCGUCCCAGUUCAGAACCCCCUCUACCUACAUCAGCCACUUAGAGUCUCACCUGGGCUUCCAAAUGAAGGACAUGACCCGGAUGGCCGCUGACCAGCAAAGCAAGGUAGAACAGGAGAUCUCCCGGGUGUCGUCGGCUCAGAGGUCUCCAGAGACAAUAGCUGACGAAGAGGACACAGACUCUAAAUUCAAGUGACAAUGCCUUAGCCUGGAUCUUUCUGCCUGGAUUGGAUCUCCCUCUCUCAGAGCUGCUGCUUCUUCGCAUCCUUGCUUCUGACUUUGGACUCACUGACGACCUCCUCUUGACACCUGGCUCUAAAAAGACUGCCAAAAAAAGAAAAAAGAAAAAAAGGGGGGAAGGGGGGGAAGGGAAUAAAAAGAAAAGGAGAAAAUCGCACCAACCAUUUCUCUUCAUCCUCACUAACAAUUUGGUAAUGAAGUAUUGAUUUCCACUUCUCUCCUUAUGGACGAUAUUAGAUUUUCAUUGAUAAACUGCAAGGGCACUGUCGCAUCUCCAAGGGCCUCUUUUCACUGUCGGGAAGAAACAAAGUGCCACUGAGGAAAACUAAUGACUGGGAGCUACAUCCUUCUCUUCUCCGUUUGUAAAAGGAAGGGGAGGGGGCCAAUCACUCUUCGUAGUUUAAUGUCCGAGCUGGGCUGCUCUUGGGAGCGAGCUUCUCAUGGUAACGUCCAUUUCCUAUUUAUAACCCCCCUGGGAAGGUUUGUCUAAAGGAAAUGUUUCUGUUCAGUGUAACAAUUAAGGUUGCACCUGGAUUGCCUAGUCCUGCCCCUGCACCAGGGAGCCAUUCAUCAACGGCAGAGUGGAGGAGUUAUUAAGUUAAACCAGAGUUUGAGCCAAGAAAACCUCCUGACCAUGUUCAUCUUCUGGGAAAGUUGUUGGGAUCGCCAGGCUUAACCAUGUGGCUGCCAAAGACUUUGUCCUGUGCAGUGCUAGAACGUGCUUGCUCCGUAAGGCUAUCCUGAGUGGUGUGUAAGCUUAGUUCCCAGCAUGCACCACUGUCAGAUGAGUCUGGCCACUGGGAGAGGUGCAGAGUAGAACCUGAGAGAAAGCAAGAUCGUCCUCACCAAGGGUGCACUGGGAAGUAGCCACUUCUGUCUCCUGCAGGACCUGUUGCCUCUCCAAUGCAACUUCUCCUCCGAACCAUGCAGAAUACAUGAAAACAGGGUGUCCGUUUUAAACGCAUUCCUGCAACUUUUUUCAUUAAAACUUUAAGGGCCCAAUUUUAAUUUGUGGAAUAUUCCCGUUAAUAAUGAGAUCUAAUUAAGACAUCCAUUAAAAGCCCGUUAAAGUUAAUUUAACGUAAAAAUUCCAAUAGAACUGUAUUAGAUUUUCUCCAUUAAAUUAACGUUAUGGAUUUUUAACGGAUGUCUUAAUUACACGUUAUUAUUAACGGGAAUACUGUAUUACACAGAUGAAAAUCAGGUCCUAAGUCAACUUGGAAAAGCUAAGAGCAUGUUUUAAUAUUAAAGUCUCGCAGACCUAGUACACAGUUUGGAAGUGCAGGGAAGAUGGGUUUGUUCUAGCCAAGCAUUUUCUGUACAACGGGGAGUAACCUAUAACAGAUAAAUCCAUCAUUUCAUGCAAACAAUGAGCCUCUUUGCUCUCCUAGGACAACAAAGUCUGGAUUGUAUUUUAAAUCGUCACUCAGCUAUGGGUGAAAUACUUAAACUAUCUCAGCACAACACUCUGAAACAAACGACUAUUUUUGCAUUAUUGAUUUAAUUACCAAGGUUAUCAAAAAAAAAAAAAAGCUGGCAAAAUGAAGCCCAAUAUAUCCCUUUCACCAUUUAUUAUAGAGGCUGUCUGUUGGAAAUGUCUUGGAAAUUUUGACAUGAUCCCUAAAUUCAACACUGGGAUUUAAAAUAAAAUUUGAAGUAAAAAAGAAAAAAGAAAAAGAAAAAAAACUUAUUUACCUCCUAAGGAAAGUGUUGCCCUUAUGCCACAUAUAAUAGCACAUUGCUUUUUUUUAUGGUAUGCAUAACCUAGAUGGGGAAAAAUAUGGUGCUUCAGGGAAGGAGGGGAAAAGUAAAUGAAGUUCCAGGAAUGUCAUUCUGAAGUAAUGAGGCAUGGACGGAAAAUAUACCCCUCACAUCAUCGGAUUGAGAUGGCAGUCGAAAUAGCUUCAUUGAAGUGUCAGCGCCCAUCCAUCCAUCAAUCAUCCACAAGGAAAAAUAACAACAGUACAACGGGGCGGCUUUUAUGGGAUUUACUCACGGGCACAGGGAACAGCGGCUCAGACGUAGUUCUGACAUGAAAAGCAAGGUGCUGAUAUUAUUUUUUAUGAUGGGAGGAUCGUAAAGUGAAUUGAGAACAGAGAGGUCUGUCUUUGCUUAACCUGUUCAACCAGAAAUGAACGGAACUCAGCUGGAAAGGAACAGGCUUCAGAUGGGUUAAGAUUGAAGGGUGGACUGGACGGAGCACUGUCCUUCAACGGCAAGACUCUAUUAAAAGGGGUUGGGGGUGGGAUAAUACAUUAGCAUGGGGGUUCUUGGAGCUGCUAAAAAUCGCCUGUUCCAACCCGGGGUUAUCAGGGAAACUACAUAAUUCAGACCCUCUGAAACCAACCGAAUGCAAACUCAGACCUCCCGAUCUGCCUGGGAGUGCAACACGCUUCUGGACCCCUGGGUAAUCAUUUCCCUCCUAAGACAAAAAUAAGAAUAAAUGCGCUGCUUUGCGUAUAAUCUA